AUGGAUAGCAUUCUGAAAAGUAAAUAUACCGAAAAUAGAAUUGAAUACGAUAAAUUUAGCUUAAUAUCUAUUAAUUCAGAGUUUAGUUAUAACAACACUAUUGAUAAUAUACAGAAUUUUAACAAAGGAACAAACAAUUGUAAAACGUCCCUAAAUCCAAAAAGAAACUUAAAAAUGAAUUCAGCCGGACUCCGAAAAGAUAAAGGAGGAGGCACAGGGACAGGAAUAAUUGGGCCUGGCCUAAAAAUUGGGAAAGAAAAAAGAUUGGAUUUAAUUAGGGAUGCACUUAAAUCACUUUAUGUUGAUAGAACGAAACCACAUCUUCAGGAACUCAUUAGAAGAUUAAAAGAGCGUGUAGAUUUAGGUGCGAACUAUAACUUGCAAAUGAUGAUAAAAGAUUUAAGUGAAAAUGAAGAAGAGUUCUUGCUAUUUGAUAAUGGCGAAAUUUACUUUAGAAAUUGUUAUGUUCCUGAGAACCAUUGGGUUGAUCCAAAAAAUCCGAAUAAUCCUUAUUCCCGUGAAAUAUGGAGUGGAUUCUUACAAUAUAUUAAUAACUUAGUAUGUGUUAGAGGAGAAGGUAAUUUUAAUAGCUCUAUAAUAAUGAGAAAUUCAAAUAAUUAUUUGAUAGAACCCAGCAAUCAUGAAUUCAUUUUAAAGCAGAAAGAGAAUGAAUCAGACUUUUCAUUAUUAUCAUCAACAUUAUCAUCUUCAUCUUCAUCAACCUCAUGCUCAACUAAUUCUCAAUCUCAGCCAAACUUACUUAGAUAUCAAUUUAAAGGAGGGCGGUAUGGAGUUGCAAUGGAGAUACACAAAGCAAAAAUUUCUCAAUUAGAAAACCUAUCAUUGGGAGAAUUGUCUCAUUUAGUCCAACUUGCUAUUAAUGGAGGAAUUCUACAAUAUGAAAACAAUGUUUUGAAGCCAAGAUGUACGUGUGUUAAGAUUGCUGCUGCUGCUUUAUCAGUGGAUGUUGAUCAAAUUGAAAGCAAUGAAGCUCCAACUGAUGACUCAAACUGUCCAGCAACAACAAUAAACAAUAACUUAAUAGAUUUAAAAUAUAAACUUAAUGAAAUUUUAAUUAUGUAUCCAAAUGGCAUAUUAUUAAGUUUAUUAAAAAGGUUUUUUAAUACAUAUUGGGGGAAAAAACUCUCACCUACAGUUUUCGGUUACACACACAUCUCGACUUUAUUACUAUCUGAUGAGUUAAAACAGACUUGUAGAUUGUAUUUUGAUUCAUUCAAUCAUGUAAUUGUUCAGUCUACGAAAUUCGAUAUUCCAAAUAAUGUCAGACUUCUAGAAGAUGAGAAAUUUCAAAAAAGAACCUCCUUUUUUGACUUUGGUCUCUUUGUUCCCAUAAGGAAUAUGUCUGACAUCUCAUUUGAAUAUAUGAGGUUAUUAAAUAAAUAG